CCCGCCCCCGUCACUGCCCGUCACCUGUGCCUGACGGGUGUGUGUGUGUGUGUACAGUGGACGUGUGGGACGGGCAGGACGGACCCGUCGUCUACCACGGUAACACCCUCACCAGCAAGGUCCCCUUCACCCACGUCGUCCAAGCUAUCGCCAACUACGCCUUCGACUUCUCCGUGUAUCCGGUAAUCAUCCACCUGGAGAACCACUGCAGUAUUAAGCAGCAGCAGGAGAUGGCCAGCAUCUUGAGGAACCUGCUAGGAGAACGCCUCUACAUCCACCCUCCUCACGCAGUCAAGGCCCUCACUGACCUCUCCCCCGAAGACCUCAAGUACAAGUUCCUACUCAAGGGCAAGAAGCUUGCUCGUGAGGACAUGGAGGAGGGGGAGGUGUCGGACGAGGACGAGGGGGGCGAGACCAAGAGGAACAACAACCCGAGGAAGGUGCGCCUCUGUCAAGACCUGUCAUCGCUCAUCUCCCUUCACAGAGCUCGCUUCUCAGACCUCAACACAGCCAAGACAGGAGAGAAUAUAAGCGAGAUGUGUAGCCUGAGCGAGUCGUCGGCAGCCAAGCUGGCCCACGCCUGCCCCGAGGACCUAGUCAAUCACAACAAGAGAUUCCUUACCCGCGUGUACCCGAACUCCUCCAGAGUCGACUCCUCCAAUUACAACCCGCAGGACUUCUGGAACGCCGGCUGCCAGAUGGUGGCGCUCAACUUCCAGACUCCAGGGCAGAUGAUGGACGUGUAUGAGGGCAGGUUCCGGGCCAACGGUGGCUGCGGCUACCUCCUCAAGCCGGCCGUUAUGAGAGAACACAUAUCAGUCUUCUCGGCGCACUCCAGAGACACCAUCCCAGGUGUCGCACCCCAGCUUCUCAAGAUCAAGGUGAUCAGUGGCCAGUGCCUCCCCAAGCCUCGGGGCUCGACUGCCACCAAAGCUACCAUCAUCGACCCUUAUGUUGUCAUCCAGAUCUUCGGCAUCCCCGCCGACUGUACAGAGGCCAAGACCCGCACCGUCAGUAAUGACAGCAGCUUCCCGAUCUUCGAUGAGACUUUCGAGUUCCACAUCAACCUGCCGGAGCUGGCGCUAGUCAGGUUCGUCGUCCUCGAUGACGAGUUCAUCGGAGACGACUUCGUCGGCCAGUGCACCAUUCCCUUCGACAGCAUCCAGACAGGUUACCGCCACGUGAGGUUGCUCUCCAGUAUGGGGGAGCCCAUGGACACCGCCACGCUCUUCGUCCACGUCUCUAUCUCCAACAGGAAGGGCGGCGGGAAGUAUCAGCGGGUCAAGGGCAAGAGGACAGACAAGGUCCAGGCGGACAUCAAGCCGGUGGGGCUGAGGGCCGCUGACGACCUGUUCAAGGAGGCGUCGGCAGCUUUGAUAGAGGCAGACAACGAGCAGAUGAAGGUGGAGAGUGCGUGGUGUGACCUGCAGGAGGAGUGUGGGCUGGAGCACACGGCCAACAUGAAGCAGUGUCUCAGAGUGGCCAUCUCCCGAUACAUGGCCACGCCUGACACCAACCGUCUCACCAUCCAGGAGGAGAAUGGGGUUCCUUUCUUGAAAAGCUCUCGUCCUGGGCCCCUGCCGUCACACCUGCAUAGAUUAGAAACAGCGCUGGAGAAGGUGCUGCUGGAGAUCCACCACUUCCUCACUCACGGCGAGGGGCUACGAGUCAUCCUCGAGUGCAAGCUCAAGCCCGUUCUGGUGAUGUAUGACAACCUGGAGACCCUCCUCUCCUCGAGUGGCGUGAAGGGCAAGAAGGCCAACAGGGCCAUGGAGAACUAUGCCUGGAAUGUGAGGAUCAUCAGGGGCCAGCUGGAUAGAAUUGUCGCUCUCAAGAAGAAGUGCAAGAUGGCCAUGGAACAGGUGGAAUCAACAAAGGUGACCCUGGACAGUCUCAACAUCCGAGAAAGAUCACCCUCGGUACGAGAGCGGCCUCGACUGACCCUGGCCAACCGCCACAACACCACCGAUAACCUCACCACUUACGGUAGCUUAGGACGCUCCCCCACCACCCCCAGCAGUGAUUGUAAACCCAAGAGUAUCCUGAAAAAGAGCAACUCUAACCUGGAGUCCAGCAGCACUGGGUAUGUGAACCAGGAGUACCGUAUCUCCCCUAGCACCUCUUCCACUCAAAUAGGCGAUGACGAGGACUCCAAUGAACUGCUAAAACCCCAGCUCCUGCACUCCUUCAGUUAUACUCCCGGCUUCAGCUAUGAGCAGAACACCGCCCUGUAGUAUGGCUUGUCUCCAAGUAAAGUUGAUCUAAUUAAUGAGUUGAGGACUUAACAGGAAGUAGUGUUGUGCCACCACUGCUUGCCAUGAAGCACUUUGGGUAUGCUGUGUACUGCGUUGUUGCAUGGUCUUGGGCAGAUUGUGUGGGACGAUACAGCUUCAGUUCCAAGGACAGUAAGAAAACGUUAUUACGCUUUCUGAUCAUGGAAAGAAAUUAGUGAUUAUAUGACAUAUUUUUUUAACUGUACUGUAAUUCGAAUCUUGUGUUAUACUAAACAAAAAUAUAAAAAAUGGACCCUUUCAAUACUUCACAAGAAACACUUAGAUUUGUUAGAAGUAAUAUCAUGAAAAUGAUAUUUACAAUACGUCCAUAUGUGGCAUCUUCAACAAUUUUGAACUGUGGAGAGUCCUUCAGUAGUAAUUAUUUUCCAAAUGCAGCAUAAUAACAAGAAAAAGAAGCCUUAUUGAUAUGCAUUCCAGAGUGCAAAAUUGAUGAUUAUGCUACAAAAGUGUUACACCUUUGUCAUUUUUAUAAUUACCUCCAAAUGCUAAUAAGUAGCAUUUUUACGGAAAUAUCAAUAUAGGUCACGUAUUAGUGAAGAAUGCUAUUAAUAAAGUAUCAUGAUAUUUUAAAAAACGAUAUAUAUAAAAUGAUUUUGUAUAAACAAACUUUCCUAAUGGGUGCUGCUACUGUAUAUUUACUACCCAAUAGUAGUAUUAAUAACUGUAUACCUUUGUAAACUUCAUCUCUGUAGAUAUGUGUAAUGUCUCAUAUAUUAUUUAUUUUGUAUAUAUUGUAACUAAUGUUCAGUAAUUUAAAGUCACAACUACGGAAUCACGUACUUGCUGGAUCAAGCCUGGAAGUACUGAAUCACAUACAUUCAGAAUGAAGGACAGAAAGAUAAAUACAUACUUUUGUGAUUGAGGCCAGAACCAAGAAGUUGUUGUUUUGAAACCAGAUGUUCAGGAAUCUCAUACUUACAGGAGUGUGACAAGAGAUAUGGAAUCAAACAUUCCAUUGGUCAGGACUGCAGAUAGGCUACUGAGGCUCACAAACAGAAACCCAGGAAAAAUGGACUGAAUCGGGAUUCUAGUUCCCAUAUGCCAUGCUGGUCUGUAGAGCUACAGAAUCUCACGUUUGGGCAUUAAAUUAUAAGUGUAAUGUAUA